CACACGGGAGCAGCAGACUGGGGAAGAGGAGGACUUGCUUGAGGGGAAACCUGAGCAGUGUUAUCAGCUUGACCUCCCUCCCUCCCUCUCUUUUUAUACAGGUUUAUAUAAAGGGAGGAGCUAGCAGCUGAAACAGGUAACUACAGAGAGAGCAGGUACACACACAGGUGCGUACUGAAGUGGAACUAGCUGCGAGGACACCGGGAGCCAAGAAGAAACGACCUACACACUCUCUACUACAAAUACAGGUUUUCUGAGCUCGGGAGUCGGUGUGAGGAAUGGCAGCGUCCCCGUUUAACCGCAGACAGUGGGCUUCUCAGUCCCUGCGCAUCACGGCCAGCGAGCUCUCCCUCGCCAAGGGCAAGACCUGCGCCAUCGCCGAGCGCUUCUCCAAGUACCAGAAAGCUGCUGAAGAGGCAAAUACAGAGAAGAGGAGAGCUGGCUGUGUGGAGAGUGCAGUGCAGGACUGUUUGGCCAACAAACUGCCCGAGACUGCAAGGGCUGACUGGCUGGGCUUCACCAUGCAGCACUACAAGAACCCCGAAAACUUGACCCGCAGUUUCAGGAGAGGCAACCUCAGUGUGCUGAAGAAGCGGUGGGAGACCACGCUCUCAACGGACCCUCAACCGAACCCCGCCCCCCGCCCGAGGCUCCCCUCGACAGUCAGCCCCACCAGCGCCAAGCCUGACACUCCGGCACAGACGGACCAGAACCACGUUGGCAGAGUGAAGUCCCCAGGAAGUGCCCCCAGCGCUCUGUUCCAGUUCUCUACGGAGAGAGAGGAGGGGAUGGAGCGGACGAUGUCCAGGGAGGGGGGGGAAGCGGCGCCCACUUCUCCUGUCAGGAUUGAGAAGAGCAGCGUGCAGCUCAACAGCCUUAAGAUGAUGUUUGAGAAGGGAGACUCUAGCCAGGACAAGGUUUCUCGAGAACCAGGCAGAAUGAGGGUCAAGGGAUGGAUUCCUGAGAACAGCGCUUCGGAAGAGAACCACGUGGACCUCCAGGAGAGAGCUCAGCUGGGUCUCGGCUCUGCUGGCUCCAGUCAGGAGAAGCGUCUGGAUCUUCAUGACAGCAGGCCUCUGAAGGACCGGAUGGUGAAGUACCAGGCUGCGGCUGACGCUGUGUCUCCUCAGAGUAAUGACCUUGCCCCUGCUGACCUGGAAAUGAAGCUCCACAAAGCAGAGCAGAAGGAGAACGUGCCACCCUCUCCCCUGGAGAGCCCCACCUCCACUGAGGGGUCCCAGGUUCCUGUAACUGAGAAAAAUCAGCAGUCAAGAACAAGCUCCACUGCCAACACAACAGGGAAGGCGGAGAGUAAUCCCGAGGUGGGGAAUCGGUCUGGAUCCGGCCCCAAGAGCCCCAUGUCUUCAAAUCAUCUGGACAACUCUGUCUCCAAACCCAUCAAGAAGUUCCAGCUGCCGGCCCGGGAGACGUGCGUGGCGUGCGUGAAGACGGUCUACCCCCUGGAGAAGCUUGUCGCCAAUCAGCAGGUUUAUCACAACAGCUGUUUCCGCUGCUCUCACUGCAACAGCAAGCUCAGUCUGGGUAACUAUGCCUCCCUGCACGGCACCAUCUACUGCAAACCGCACUUCAACCAGCUCUUCAAGGCCAAGGGGAAUUACGACGAGGGCUUCGGGCACAGGCCGCACAAGGAUCUGUGGGCAAGUAAAAGCGAGGGAGAGGAGCACCAGCGACCUGAACUGACCCCCGCGGACAAACAGCAGAGCCCCCUAGUGGAGGACUCCCCCAUCGCCAAGGUCAACGUCCUGGCGGCCAGCAUCGAAUCCAAGAGCUCCACCCCGGGACUCUCUGCGGAGAAACCUCUGGAGACCAAGAGGCUGAGAAUCGCCUGGCCACCCCAGCCACAGGGGGAGAGUGCUGAGGGCCAGAGUGCAACGGUGGAGGUGGGUACAGCGAGGCCCUUCAAAGCCAAGUGGCCCCCGGAGGAUGAGGUCCAGGAGCAGGGCGAGAACCCGGAGCGGAGCGAGCUGCAGAAACUGCGGCGAAGCGCCUCCCUCAAGGAACGCUGCCGCCCCUUCACCGUGGCGCACAGUCCUGUGCGGGCCCCCAGGGAACCAAGACAGCCGGUUAGAGCGAAGGAAGAGUGGAGGAGGAAGGAGGAGGAAACGGGAGCACAGACCCCGGAACUGGAACAAACCAAACGUGAGUCUCCAGCUGAAAAGGUGCAGGUGGAAGCCAAAGCUUCCCCUCCUGUGGAAGCCACCGGGGACAGCGUGCUGAACGGAGUCUCCCCUUCCACUUCUCCCACCCCCUCCUCGGAGAGAGAGGGCUGCCCGCUGCAGGCAGAGGAGAGCCCUCCGUCGCCCGCCCGCUCUCCUGUGGUAGGGAAGGAGGAUCCGAAGCCCUCCACACUGGCCCUGGAGCAGGGGGACCGAACCCCAGAGGUGGUCCCCAGUGACGGCAACCGCAAGUCCCAGGACGUGGGCUUCUGGGACGGGGAGGAGGCUGAGGAUGUGUCGGUGGAGGAGCUGAUCAAGAGGAAUCGAUACUACGAGGAGGAUGAAGAGGAGGACUGAGCGGAGAUGGCUUUCAUGAAGAUUUUAAGUAAACACAAAUCCUGAUCACUUUUUAUUUGGUGAUGGUCUUUUUGUUCAUAACGAAGUUAUUGUAUCAUUUUUCUCAGAUUAUUAUUAUUUUUUUUUUUAGUUAACUGCACAGGUUUUUGGAAAUAUAAAGUUUUGUUCUGAUUUCAUUGCUAAUUAAGAAGCUGCCCUUAAUUUUUUUUUUUUUUUUUUGUGUGUGUGUGUAAUGUUACAUUUCUAUAUAUUUUCUGACUAACUUAUGUAAUGCAUAUUUUUAAUUGUUGUUUUAUAUUUCUCAUUCUGAGUUGGUAAUUGUAAAUGGGUGGAGUUUCUUACCAAGGCAAAUUAUUUUACAUUAAUCUGGCACUCUCUGGAAAUGAAGUGCGCGAUCCUGAUUUGCUUUGCAAAGUCAUGGUUUUUUUUAUUCUGCCAGUGAAAUCAUGUGCUGCUUUUUAAACUUGUGUUUAGCAUCUCGGAUUUAGCAGGGCUGUCUUCAGUGAACUGGAAACGGUACCCAUGUACUGCACUAGGACUAUGAGGCUACAAUGCUGGCUGUACAGUCACUUGAACCGCGUUUCUUAAAGGCUGUAAACGGCAUUUUAAUAAUCUUAGACAUUCCAGUUAUUUUUAUUUUUUUUAAUGUACAGCACUCUUUUCUGCUAAAAGUUUGCUUUUGCUAACUGAUUAUGGCCAAAUGGAACAAGAAACCCUUACAAGCCUCUUUUAUAAUGGCACUGGUCAAGUAAUCCUUUCUCCUUGAUCCUGUCCGUUCUCAGUGGUUUAACUUCAUUGUAACAGUUGUGUAUAGGGUUAAUGCCAAUUGGAAUCGAUCUCAGCCCUGGCCGUGUGUGUUCUAGGGUCUCCUUCCUGUACAAACUGCCUGAUCGCACCAGCCUGACUGUCCUGGCUCCUCCAGAGCUGGUUCAGAGGCUCCUCUGCAGAACAUUCCUCCUCGGUUUGGAGUGUAAACUGGACACCUCUCCUAGCACAGCUGCCCUAAUAUAAACCAGUCUUGUCGCCACCUUUUAUGUGUCUUUAUCAGACCCGUUUUGUGCGUUUUUUGGAUAGUCCGUCCAAAAAGUAUUAUUGGACACCUGGCUAAGAUAGACUUUCUUUUUAAAUAGAGGUAUAUAAUGUAUAAUGUCUGCCUUUUCUUACUGCUUUAGCAUUUUAAUAAAUUUUGUUUUUAUUCAAAA